AUGUUCAACAUCUACGCUUUAGCUGUAUCGCUCAUUGGAGGCGUUAUGAUUACAUUUCUUGCCAAUGUCGCCUCGAUUAAAUCUCGAAGUGUACCGAAGACGCUCCCACAAGUCACCGCAGCAUUUCCACAAGGAACAUGGCAGCGUGAUGCCUACGAAGACUAUAAGGCAGUUCUCCUCAAUGAAGAACUAAUUUUCCCCUGCGUCUAUGCCACAAAGGGCUUUAAAUCAGAUGGCCAACGCUAUUUGUUCAUCGACUCAGAUGACUUAUCGGACCCACGUCAUAUCCGCACUCUUGCCAAGGGACUUUCUGCAUACAUCCCUCAAGCUCACCGGCUUGGCCCGAACAACUCCCUCGUUCUUCUUGCCAAGAAAAAUGACAAUAACUCACGAACAGUACAGGAAUACAAUACUCUAUUCUGGGAACUCCUAAACGGUCUCGCCAAGCUGGACGAGAAGGCCUGGCCUUCAACUGUACCCCGUGACAUUGACACGGAAAGAUGGUGCUUCUGCUUUGGCGGAGAACAAUACUUUACUGCCAUCCAAACUCCUGCUCACCAGGUCAGGCGCACGCGUUAUGCGCCGGGCCUGACUAUAGCCUUCCAGCCAAAAUGGGUUUUUGACAUUCUCUUCAGCACUGAUGCAAAGCGCGCGGGUGCGCUUGCAAAAGUUCGUGCCCUCCUCGCCAAGUACGAUUCAAUCCCUGUCAGCCCCGAGCUGAAGAACUUCGGCGAGGAAGGAUCGCGGGAGUUCAAGCAGUACUUCUUGCUAGAUGAAAAUGUUCCGGCGCCAUGUCCAUAUGACAAACUCAGUGACUCCGAGAUCAUUGCCGCAUAA